CAGAAGUUUGCAUGAGAGCGGGAUUGUGAGUCCCGAUUGCAGGGAACUCCGGGACCCCGUUUUGUGCAACUGUUUACUGCAAUUUUUGGCACGGACAUCUAAAAGACUGUACUGUAUCCAGCGAGGCUACAUUCCUUUAAUAAGUUCAAGAACUGAAGUUUCCGUGAAGGAAGGAAUCCAAGAGGCCACUGUGUCCCUUGGACAAGUUUAGGUCGUGUCCUGAUCGCUAUGCAUGCGUGUUGACAUAGCUUGUUUUUGGUUGCUUCAGAGAAUUUUCCAGCUUCAGAGAAUGAGCACUUCCAAGAGAACCCAGAAUCGAACAAUGGUGUGUAUACGUCCUUCAUGAAGUCUCAUCGCUGCUACGACCUGAUCCCCACGAGCUCCAAGUUGGUUGUGUUUGAUACUUCCCUGCAGGUAAAGAAAGCUUUCUUUGCCCUGGUGACCAAUGGUGUUCGAGCUGCCCCUCUGUGGGAUAGUAAGAAGCAGAGUUUUGUGGGCAUGCUGACCAUCACUGACUUCAUCAACAUCCUGCACCGAUACUAUAAGUCAGCCUUGGUACAGAUCUAUGAACUGGAAGAACACAAGAUAGAAACUUGGAGAGAGGUAUACCUGCAAGACUCCUUCAAGCCCCUGGUCUGCAUUUCUCCAAAUGCCAGUUUGUUUGAUGCUGUCUCUUCACUAAUUCGAAAUAAGAUCCACAGGCUUCCAGUUAUUGACCCAGAGUCAGGCAACACCCUGUACAUCCUUACUCACAAGCGCAUCCUCAAGUUCCUCAAGUUGUUUAUCACUGAGUUCCCCAAGCCAGAAUUCAUGUCUAAGUCUCUGGAAGAGCUGCAGAUUGGUACCUAUGCCAACAUUGCUAUGGUCCGUACUACCACGCCUGUCUAUGUGGCUCUAGGCAUCUUUGUACAGCACCGAGUUUCCGCCUUGCCUGUGGUGGAUGAGAAAGGGCGUGUUGUGGACAUCUACUCCAAGUUUGAUGUGAUUAACUUGGCAGCAGAAAAGACCUACAACAACCUAGAUGUGUCUGUGACGAAAGCUCUGCAGCACCGGUCCCACUACUUUGAGGGUGUUCUCAAGUGCUAUCUCCACGAGACACUGGAGACCAUCAUCAAUAGACUGGUGGAAGCGGAGGUUCACCGUCUGGUGGUGGUGGAUGAGAAUGAUGUGGUCAAGGGCAUUGUAUCGCUGUCCGACAUCCUGCAGGCUCUGGUGCUCACAGGUGGAGAGAAGAAGCCCUGAGCAUGGGGAGGGACAGGCAAGCCGCUCCAGUGCCCUCCUUGGCCCCUCCUUGCCUCCCGGAAGCUCUGGGAAUCAUGAAAUCCUGGAGGAACUGAGUCUGUUCCCUCAGGAGCUCCAUAGCCACUGUCUGGAACUACAGGAGACCGGGCAAUGAAGAGAAAGGACUUUAGCUUCCCUUGCCAUCAUGUGUACAUUUGAGAGAACUUUCAGCCUAGCCAGUCCUAGAACCUGUGCCCUUAGACUUGGCCCGCUUCUGGGUGAACCAUGGGCUUUGUGCUCCUUGGGCGGAUUCUGAUCUCUAAGAGAUCCCUCCACCUCCCCGUGCUCCACCUGUCUCUGCGCUCACUCUCUGCAAAGGUCUUCUUAAAAAUAUAUCUAUUCAUCCUGCUUCAUUUCUGUGGAGGAGGCUGAGUCCAUUUAAUGUCACUCCUUCCCGUGAAUGUUGUGGGGAGGUGCAUGUCUGGGUUCCUGUUCUGUGUGCAUUGAAGGCAGAUGGCUAUGUGGAGGAGGGCAAUGGGUAGGUAGCCAAGAUUAAUGCUUUUUGUGGCAAAUCUAAUUAAAUAAUGAGGUUUUCAUCAUGGUA